CAGAAAUAAACUCACUGUCUCAGUAACCAGAACCUGUGAAAUAUCGGCUGCCAGGAAGGGGCUAAACAUAGCCUGUGUGCUUUAGGACAUGAGCCCUAGCGGCUACCGUAGUUAUUUGACGCUUCAGUAUUAGCGCUUCUCCGGAACACGUGGGGUUGAUUUGGGUACUGGAUUUGAGUGCAACAUAACUUCUUUCGGGUUUAUGCCCGCUGUACAACCGAUCCUGGCUUACAUUAAGCGGGACAUGAGGGUGAAACAGUCAACCUUGUGGGGAACUUCAGAGAAGAACAAGAGGAGCAAAAGAGCAAACCGGCCUCAAGAUGAGGAUUCUUCCGAUGACCUUGCAGGACUAACAUGCCAUCACGUCUGCAAGGCAGUUGAUGUGAACAAUGUUAAAAGAGCUGUGGCACAAGCUGUGUGGUCUGUAUGCAAUGAGUGCAUGAAAGAGAGAAGGACCAGAGAUGGAGAACUUGUUGCCCCUUCUGAUGUCUGGCUAUGCCUUAAAUGCGGCCAUCAGGGCUGUGGUGUAAACUCUGAAGGUCAACACUCAAAGAACCACUUUAAAAGUUUAUACCCAGAGCCUCACAGCAUUGUAAUCAAUCUCAGUACGUGGGUUAUUUGGUGUUAUGAAUGUGACGAAGAGCUUUCAACUCAGUGCAACAAGAAGGCCCUAGCUCAGAUUGCUGACUUCCUCCAAAAACAUUCAUCUCGCUCUACAAAAGGUUCGUCUUCUAAAGUUGUUCUUCUUCGAGAAGAGUGCAGUGAAGUUGGUGAAAUACAUGCCGGAAAAAGUUUUGUUAGCAGUUCUGUACCCGUGAAAGGAAUAAAUAAUUUGGGGAACACAUGCUUCUUUAAUGCUGUCAUGCAGAAUUUGGCACAAACACAUAUGUUAAAUGAAGCGUUAAAUGAAAUUAAAGAAAAAGGGACAAAGCUUAAAAUUGUCCCUAAUGCAGAAUCAGAGCUGGAUCCUUUGGUAAUCAGCCUCUCCACUCCUGGGCCAUUGACCUCGGCAGUAUUUCUGUUCUUGCACAGUAUGAAAGAAGGUGAAAAGGAACCGCUUUCUCCCAAAGUGCUGUUUAACCAGCUAUGCCAGAAGGCCCCUCGGUUUAAAACGUUUCAGCAACAGGACAGCCAGGAGCUUCUGCACUACUUGCUGGAUGCCAUGCAGUUAGAAGAAACCAAGCGUAUACAAGCUGGGAUUUUGAAAGCAUUUAAUAACCCAACUAGUAAAACAGCUGAUGAAGAAACUAAGAGAAAAGUGAAAGCUUAUGGAAGAGAAGGUGUGAAGAUGAACUUUGUUGACAGAGUAUUCGUUGGUGAAUUGACGAGCACAGUCAUGUGUGAGGAAUGUGGAAAUAUAUCAACUGUAAAAGAAGCAUUUAUUGAUCUCUCACUUCCAAUUAUAGAGGAAAGGGUUUCUAAACCUGUGGCCAUUGGAAGAGGAAACAAAGAUAAAGAUGUGACAGAGAAGGAAACCCCUCACUGGAAUUGCAAUAAUAAUCAGCCAAUGAAGAGGAGGCAGCAACUAACCAAAAAUAACAACCAAUUAACUCAAGAACAGAUGUUGUCCGUAGAGGAUGACAAUAGAAACCCAGUCAUAAUGCAAGAUAAUAGUGUUAAUGCUGACAUAAAUAUCAAAACUGAAAGUCCAUUAUUAGAGGAGUUUAAUGCAACUCCAGGAAAUGUUUCCAUUGGCAGUCAGUCUGAGGGCAGCGAAAAAGGAGACUGCAGCCAGUCAGAAAGCAGUGGAGAUGCAGAUAGUGAGGCCUCAGAGUACGAAACUUUAUCACUCCAUAUAGACUCUAAAAGAGGAAGUUCUGCUUCUGGAGAAAGUACAAGUUCCAAUCAGCGCAUGCCAAUGAACAGUAACGAAGUCACUCAGAACUCUGUAGACUCUGAUUAUGGAGCCUUAAGUGGAACUUUUUCCAAUCUCAGCUUAAAUUCUAUGGAUAACUCAUUAACUGAAAAAGAGCCAACAAGUUUCACAAAAAACCUGCCUUGUUUACUGGAAAACAUUGUAUUACCUAGAACCCCUCUGAAUGCUUUCCAGACACUCUCCCAAGGCUACGUUACAAGCUCUAAAGAAUGUUCCAUCCAAUCGUGUCUUUACCAGUUUACUACUGUCGAGCUGCUAAUGGGUAACAAUAAACUGCUGUGUGAAAUCUGUACAGAAAACAGACUGAAGUACCAAAGAAAAACAACUUCUUAUGGUGACAAGCAGGAAAGUGUGUACACCAAUGCUAGGAAACAGCUAUUAAUUUCUGCAGCACCAGCUAAUCUCAUACUACACCUGAAGAGGUUCUACCAGAAUGGCUUAACCUUGCGGAAAAUUAAUAGGCAUGUAGACUUUCCAUUUAUUUUGGACCUGGCACCUUUCUGUUCUGCUUCAUGCAAGAAUGUAAAGGAAGAUAAAUCUGUGCUAUACAGUCUAUAUGGCAUAGUAGAGCACAGCGGCUCUAUGAGAGGAGGACACUAUGCUGCGUAUGUGAAAAUCAGGAUGCCUUUCAAAAGAAAAAAUGAGAAUGUUGCUUGUCUUAAAAGUCCUAUUGGAAUAAAAGAGAGAGCUGGUGCAACAUCAAGUCAGUGGGUGUAUGUAAGCGAUACGCAUGUACAGAUGGUUUCAGAGUCUCGAGUUUUCAAUUCUCAAGCAUAUCUUUUGUUUUAUGAAAGGCUGCUGUAGCUGGACGUCUAAAAUACCCAUUGCAUUCUACAAUUCUCUCAGUUGCAGCAAUGGGAUAUAGACACAAUAAUGGAGCUGAUGUUGUUCUUCUGAAGAUUGUUACAGAAAACGGGUGCCGUGAUGAUAAACUACAUAAAGAAUAUGUUAUCCAGAAUGAAAACAAAAAGGACAAGAGCUUAUGUGCUACAUGAUAAGGAGACGGAGUAUGCUGUUCUUAUUAAGUCCUUAUGCUGCUUUAAUAUAUUGCCCUGCAAUUUUGAAUGUGCGGUUGAAAACUCUGCAGUUGUCAGUAAUUAACGAUUUAUUGAAAUCUCCUCGCUUCUGAAUUCUCCACUGCAUCGCUGCAAGGAUAGUGCAUAAGAGCAGCUAAUUCUACUUCAAGAUACUUUAUUUAGUAUUUAAAGGGACACUAAACAUAUUUUUUUUUCUUAAAUGAU